AUGAAGCUCAACAUCGCGAACCCAGCCACUGGCUGCCAAAAGAAGAUUGAAAUCACGGAUGAAAACAAGCUCCGCGUGUUUUACGACAAGCGCAUCUCCGCCGAAGUCGAAGCCGAUUCGUUAGGCGACGAGUGGAAAGGCUACAUCUUUAAAAUCAUGGGCGGCAACGACAAGCAAGGCUUCGGGAUGAAGCAAGGCGUGUUGACGAACCAACGCGUCUUUCUCUUACAAGUGAGAGGCACGCAAGGCUUCCAAGGCCACGGCAGAAGAAAAGGCGAGCGUCGCCGAAAGGCGUGCAGAGGGUGCAUCGUUUCGCAAGACAUUUCGGUGUUGAACGUCGCCAUCGUCAAGCAAGGCGACGCGGACGUGCCGGGUUUGACCGACACCGAAGUGCCGAGAAUGCGCGGUCCGAAGAGAGCGUCGAAGAUUCGCAAGUUGUUUGCGUUGUCCAAGGAAGACUCUGUCUUUCCGUACGUCAACUCCAUGAGAAGAGAGUUUGAAUCAGCCACGGGAAAGAAGAAAUCCAAGGCGCAAAAAGUGCAAAGAGUCGUCACUCCGUUGACGUUGCAAAGAAAGAGAGCGAGAGCCGCGGUGAAGAAGGCGAAGAUUGCCAAGUCCAAGGCUGAAGCUGGGGAGUACCACAAAUUGUUGCAAAUGCGAAUCAAGGAGCAGAGAGAACGACGAUCGGAGUCCAUCGCGAAGAGACGCGCGAGCUCCGUCGCCAAAAAAGCUGCCGCGUAA